AUGACCACCGAUGAGGACCAUUCCAUCCUUCGGCUACAGGAGGUGCUGCAGCGUCAUGGCAUCGGGACCCGCAGGACCAUUGUUGCGGCCAACACAAACCUUCGCCUCUGGGAGCCCGCUGACGUGGAUGCCGUCCUCCAACAAGUCAAGCUCCGAGGCCGCAACCACAACCCGUGCGGGCGGGAGUUCAAUCGAUACCGCGGUCUCGGCCUCGGGCUCAAGAUCUUCAUGUACUCUUGCAUCGGCGGCGGCUUCGCCCUGGGGAUCCCCAUCUAUCUCGUUCACUCGACCAUCCGGAUGUUCAAGCAGUGGUCCGUCUCCGUGUUCCGCCAGACGUGGAACGAAUACGGGCUUACAGGGCUGCUCACCCUUGGGUCAGACUUUGACCGGUAUAUCAAAGCCCCUCUCGGCUUGGUGCGGCAGUCGGUCAAGCAGCAGGCGGCGCUCUGUGUCAACCGCAACGGGAACUUUAAGGUGAUGGCCGAUGGGUACUCCGUCAUGUCCCAUGUGUGGGAGGAGACGAUGGGCUGGAACAGCCCCGAGGGAUUCGGCAAGGUCGACUUGAGCCUGCGAAGAAAGGGAAUCCACAAGGCGCAUUUCCACAAGUUCUUCGACCGGUGCGGCGCGACGUGGCUUUGGGUCGAUGUGCUGGCCAUGCCGGAGGUCCUUGAGGACAUGAGCCCACAGCAGCAAAGCGAGACGGAACUCUUGCGUGUCGGAGUGAUCAACAACCUCAACGGCAUAUACCGGAGAGCAGAUAGAGUUGUCGUGCUGGACAGCCUGGCACUGCAACUCAAAACCGGUAGCUUGGUCGACGUGGCCGUCGUCCUCUGUCUCGGCCGCUGGGUGACAAGGAUGUGGACUCUUGCCGAAGCUCGGCUGGGUCGAAGGGUUCUGGUCAAGACCGAGGACGGCGAGGUCGAUCUUGACGACGUUAUCGACCUGUUGGAAGGAGAGGUCCUGGAUCCCGACCAUCGGUACGCCGGUCUUGCAAGGACUCUGUCGACUAAACGUGGUGAAACUCCGUCCAGAGCGACAUACGAGCUUACAGAUCUGGUCGCGGCUUACAGAUUUGCGCAGACGGGAGAGGCUGUCGACGAAAUCCGGGCAGCUUAUCCUUUACUUGGCCUCAAGUGGGAAGUUGGAUGGGGACAGAGCGACGGGGUUUUUCACUUGAAGGAAGCGUUUCCGGCCGAGUCGGAAGCUCUUGCCGCCUUUUGCGAGGAACGAGGGCUGCCCGGUGCUUCUUCUUCUUCUUCUGAGUAG